AUGACCAAGUGCUGCAUCGCCGUAGCUGUGUUUGCCUGGGUUGGUGGCGCGCUGCUCCUGCUACUCGUUUACGCCAGCCGAAAGACUCACGCGCACAAGUCGUGCACGACGCUCGGUUGUAUCGAGUUCACCAGGAGCUUACGCGAGUCGAUGAACACCUCCGUGCCGCCGUGCGAGAACUUCGGCCGCUUCGUGUGCGACGGCUGGAGAAGCAGGUACCGGCUGACGGUGCACGAGCAGGCGUUCGUGCAGGUGCUCGAGAGCGUCGGCCUAGCACUGCUCACCGUACCUGUGUCGGAGAAGCAAGACCAGCAGAACGCCAAACAGAAGGCGGCACUCCUGUACCGCAGCUGCGACUCCGUGAGGCGCGGAGAACGGGAUGAGCUGCAAAACGUACGCGAGGCGCUGCGCAGCGAAGGCAUCGUCUGGCCUCACCGGUCACCGGACGCCGACGUUCUGCAUAUGGCACUUCGCUCGUCACUCGUGCUUCGAUGGGGUGUCCCGUUCGACGUCACCUUGAGAUCUGAGGGCAAUAGCUUGGUGGUCCAGCUGGAAGCAUUCGAAAUGUUCGCCUUCCUCCGUGACAAGUUCGUGGCAACGUCUGCCGGGUUGCCAGAGAGAAAGGCCUAUAUCGAAACGCUCCGGUCCAAUUUCAAGGCGAACGACAGCAACCUGGUGGACAUUGACGAGGUCGACGACUUGGACAAAGCCGCAUACGCCACGCUUCCGGAGAGCGUCCAAGCCUCCCAUUACGCGGAGGCGCUUGAUGUGGAACGCAUCUUCGCUGGCACCAACUACGGGACGCAGGAGUAUUGGCGCCAAGAGCUCAGCCCUUUCGCGACCUCAAACGAGACCGAACGCAUCGUCUUCACGACCCGGACGGAGAAGUUUAUCCGUAAGGUCUGGGAACUCUGGGAUGUCAAAGGCGGAGCGGACAUGCACGUCUUUGUGUCCUGGUGCGUGGUGCAGAUAGCCGCUCUCUUCGCAAACCAGCAGCUCCAAGUCAACUUUUACGGGAGCACGGAAGUUGCUCAUUUGGAGCAAGGUGCCUCGUGCCUUGCCAAGGCGUUUCUCAUUGCCGGCACCGUCGUCUUCUCCGGCUACAACAACUUUGUUUUCGCCGGCAGGGCACGGUUCAGGGCUCACAAACUCAUCCGCACUUUGCGCAGAGCAUUCCUGCUCCGCCUGCAGCACUGGAAGCACUACGACGCCAACGUCACGGUGAUGCGGGAGCGGGACACGACAGAGGUGCCUCUGCACGUCGUCCACGCAGGCUCCGUCAUGGAACUCAAUGACCGCGUGCCUGACAUGCGUGACUCGCUGGUUCACAACUGGCAGAGCACACCAGUACCCCCCGCGGCGAACGCUUCCUUGCGAUCAAGAAUCUACUCGGCGAUCGAGGCGGCGCAGCUGCUGGUGUUUCAGCACAAUGACUUUCUCAUGAUGCCGUACGCCUUCGCGUUCCCAUACUUCGACAGAAGCACCACGGCGGGGUUCAACUACGCUGGCGCGGGCGGUGUCGCGGCGUUCGCUCUGGCAAAGCUCUUCGUGGAGGCGUACGGUGAAUCGACUACAGGAAACGCAUCCCUGGAGACCAGUCUAAACUGCCUAAAGAACGAAUCGGCUUACGCCAUGGCCAGAGACAACAGCCAACUGGUGAUGCUGCGCUCGCUCGCAGCCAGCGUUGCGUUCGAGGCCUACAAGACCGACUGGGCCUCCUGGGAUAUCGCCGUCCAGAACCUGCAGGAGUACUCGGGCGCGCAGCUGUUCUUCAUGGCGUCCUGCUAUGCGUUAUGUCCAGGGAGCGCCAGAGGACACGGAGAUGGCGCGCAGUGCAACGCCCACCUACAGAACGUGGAGGAGUUUGCGCGCGCGUUUGAUUGCGCUCCGGGCACGAAGAUGAACCCGCAUUCGAAGUGCAGCAUCAUGUGA